UACAACACCGAAUGUGAACUUACAUUCCAUUUAACAUGCACAUGUUCUUUUUUCAUUAUGAAAAAAGGGUUCCUCUGUUACAGCGCAUCCACUGAACCGCAGCCAAUAUGCGACACUCGAUCAUCUUGCACCAAAAUUAGAUGCGCAAGUUAACGCGCUGCUUGUUUUGAUGAAAUUGAUUAAUUUACUGUAUUUACAUUCUUCUUUCAAUUUUUAGACAGAAUGUGCCCAGAGUUGAUCCCAGUGUUAAUUUUUGGUACGAUAAAAGACAUUAUACUAAAGAAAGAAUUCUCUGGCACUCUUUGGAAAAGUAUGUACAUAUUUCUGAGGACAAUUCAUCGAACUACUCAAAACACAUUUUGUUUUUUUUCGCGUUUUGUAUAAGUUGUUAAGUUAAUAUACCAUAGUUGGCUUAUUGUGCACUACUAAACUUUGUAAUACAAACUAUAUUAAACUUUAUCUGUGAACGUUAUCUGCGUUAUUUACAUGGUGCAUAGUUCUUUCUUAAUUAUCUUAUACAUAUAUUAUAAUAAUAGCAAAAAUAGUCAUUCCAGUUCAGUUUGUUUCAGUGCGAAAACAGAAUAGAAAAAGAGAAAAAAAACAGCGAGUAUAUUGCAAUAAUUUAUUUAUUUAUCGAUUUAUAAUAAUAAAGCGAUAACAAAGCGAAAAUUUAUGGAGUGAAGACAAAUAAUGAAAUAAUACAUAUUACUGAAGUUUUAAACAGCUUUUUCUUAAUUCUCUCGAUAUAUGUGAAACAUCUUCAUUUGAAAAAAUGUAAGUGACAUGGAUUUCAAUUUCAAACAAAAGCGCAAAUGUUACAAUAUAGAUCGCAUAUUACUUGUUUAUAUAUAUAUAAUAAAAUUACUAUAAGAUAUAUGUAAGACAUUAUUUAUUGUAUUGUACACAUGUAAUAUAUUUCAUACUCUGCAUGCACUCGAUUUAUACAGAAUGGCACUUUUGGAAGCACUAUGUGGAGUUGUCAUAUUUCUAUUUCUACUUUAUCGCUAUUUGACCGCUACCUUUGAUUUUUGGAAAAAACGCGGUGUACCCGGGCCUGAUCCUGUGCUAUUUUUUGGCACGAUGAAAGACAUUAUAUUAGAGAAAGUAUACGCUGGUAUUCAUUGGAAACGUAUGUACGAUACAUAUGAAGACUCUAAAUUCGUAGGAUUAUUCAACAUGCGGAAACCAGUAUUAUUACUAAAAGAUCCGAAACAUAUAAGGGAUGUUUGUAUAACAGAUGGUUCAUUAUUUUCCACCCGAGGAUUGCCUUUCUAUCCGAACGCGGAACCACUAAUACAGUUCCUUUUCUUCGUGGAUGGAUCAGUUGCAUGUCCCUUGAGGGCAAAAAUGUCACCGAUGUUCACACCUAGCAAACUAAAAGAAAUAUUUUUUACGAUGCAAGGAGCUUUUUCACGGUUAGAGAUUUAUAUGGAUUCAUUAUUAUCAAAGAACGAAUACAUAAACUGUAGUGACGUGACAUCCAGAUUUACCGCUGACAUAAUCAGCAGUUCCCUCCUGGGUAUCAACGCCAAUACUUUAUCAACAGACCCGAAUGAACAGACUCGAAACAAAUUUAUAGAUAAUCUUCUCAUCAUACGAAGUGAAGGAAUAGUUCACAAGUUGUUAGAUAUGACGAAGGCAUUGUUACCGGAACUGUACAAUUUAAUUGGUUAUCGGUUGUUUCGCAUUGAUAGAGUAACCGAUUUCUAUACGGAUUACAUUUUAGAACUGAUGGAGUACAGAAAGAAACAUGGUAUCGUUAAAUGCGAUAUUGUUGGUUUACUCAUGGAAAUAAGGGAUAAUCCUGAAGACGUGGCUGAAGUAAUUGAUAUAACGGAUCAUUUUUUUGGUGCGCAAUUAUUUGGAUUUUUCACCGCUGCAUUUGACACAUCCGCUUUAACAAUAGCUAACACGUUAUACGAAUUAGCAUUGAAUCAGAAUAUCCAAGAUAAACUGCGGGACGAAAUACGAAACAUGUAUAUCGAAAAAGGAGAAUUGACUUAUGACAAUAUAAACUCGAUGUCUUAUUUAAACGCAGUCCUUAAAGAGAGUGGACGGAAAUAUCCACUACAAGAUGCAUUGACAAGGUCGUCAACGUCAAGCUAUACUUUUAGGGACACCAAUAUAACUGUACCAAAAGAUCAAGCAGUUAUUAUACCUGUGUAUGCAAUUCAUCAUGAUCCAAAGAUAUAUCCGAAUCCUGAAGUUUUCGAUCCAGAGAGAUUUAAUGAGGAAGCUAUUCGAUCACGAGAUUCGGUGUUACAUUUACCUUUUGGAUGCGGCGUUAGGAAGUGCUUAGGUGAACGAUUGGGUGCUCUUCAAUCAAAAAUGGGAGUUAUUGCUUUCUUGCGAAAAUACAAAUUGGAAGUUUGUGAAAAGACAGUUACUUCAUACAAAUAUAAUAAGGUGUCAUUAAUAUCAAUUCCUGAUGAACCACUAUAUUUUAAAGUAACGAAAAUCGAUCUAUUCUGUGAUGUGCGUGCAACUAACGAGUAGAAUUUAUUAUCGAGUCCAAACUCGAAAUAAUAUAAUAUAAUAAUAAAAUAGUUGUUAUAAUCAUUAGCAAUGCGGUUUUAUUUUUGCAGGGUUUUAGUUAGUUGCAGGGUUUUAGUUUGUAAUGUAUAAUUAGCAAAUAAAGAAGAUAUAAAGAUAUUUUUCUUUUCUAAUUCCA